GCAAUCGCAAUUCGCAAAGCCCUUUUAAAACCCCCAUUUUUCUGCUCCCAAUUCCAAAACCCACCAUUUUUCUCUCCCUUUUUCAGCUCUUCUUCAAAUGGGUUUCACUCAAAAAGUAGCGAUUUAGAUUUACAGUAGAGAGAGAAAGAAGAGAGAGAGAGAGAAUGGCACUAGAAGCUGUGGUUUAUCCUCAAGACCCAUUAAUUUACAGCGGCAGCAAAGAUCUCUACAGCUUGUUUGGAGGAGGGAUUUGGAGCGGUGGGAGCUUCGAUUUUCCCGAGAACCAAACAGAAAAUUUCCCAUUUGGCGAUUGGAACUCCUCAUCCUCUGUUUUGGCUCCUUCCCCCGACGCCGCCAUUUCGAGAAAUGGGUUGAUUUUCAGCGACCCAAAUCCGCCAUUGGAGGCCGAAUCAAGAACUCCGAAUCCAGUUCGACCGAGAAGAAGAAGACCCAAAACCAGAAAGAACAAAGAGGAAAUCGAGAAUCAGAGAAUGACCCACAUUGCAGUUGAACGAAAUCGAAGAAAACAGAUGAAUGAGUACCUCUCUGUUCUUCGAUCCCUAAUGCCAGAUUCUUAUGUCCAAAGGGGGGACCAAGCUUCAAUCAUUGGGGGUGCUAUAAAUUUCGUGAAGGAGCUUGAGCAGAAAGUUCAAUUUCUCUCCACAGCUCAAAUGGAUUCGAAGGGGAAGAAUUCAGAAGCUUCUUCAAAUUCUUCUUCUUCUUCUUCAUCUUCUUCUUCCUCACACAUCCCUUUCUCUGAGUUCUUCAGCUUCCCUCAGUUCUCAGCAAUGGAGGGUUGUUGUUCUGUGGGUGAAGGUGGGACCCAGUGCUCCUCCAUUGCUGAUAUUGAAGUAACAAUGGUGGACAAUCAUGCAAACUUGAAAAUCAGGUCAAAGAGAAGGCCUAAACAGGUGCUGAAAAUGGUGGCUGGCUUGCAUUCUCUCUCCCUCUCUGUUCUUCAUCUCAAUAUCUCUACUAUGGACCAAAUUGCCCUCUACUGUCUCAGUGUUAAGGUUGAAGAUGAUUGCAAGCUGACUUCUGUUGAUGAAAUUGCUUCUGCUCUGCAUCAGUUGCUUUCUAGAAUAGAAGAAGAUUCACUCAUGAACUGAAAUUUUCCCCUUUUUCUUUUCUUUUCUUUUAUUUUCCAACCCAUAUGGAUUAUGUGUGGAAAUUUUCUUUCUGGGUUAACUUUAUUUUCUUUGCUUGUAGGUUGUAUCUUGUUCUUCUAACUAAUGUAAUUUCUUUUAUAUCAGUUGGGUUUGUCAUAUUAUAUGUGAAAAUUUUCCUUCUCUCUGUUAAUUUUCUUUCCUGAGAAACUUUUUCCAUCCAAACAUGAAUGGAUGGAUCUGUUUGUCACUUUGUAGCUUUGACAGAUCAACAGAGAGAGAAAUUUUUUUGAGAGCAA